AUGCUUAUUGUUGUUACUCGUCAAAUCAUUGUUAUCAUUAGUAUAAUUCUCCUUAUCAAUAUCUCAUUUGUUCAGCUUGAAACUAUUAAAUAUACAAACGAAUUUGUUUUACAUAUUAAUGAAGGUGAACAAGCAGCUCGGUUAUUAGCAGAAAAGUAUCAAUUAAAAUUCGAACGACAAGCUCUACCAAAUGAAAAUUAUUUUGUAUUCCGUCAAAUAAUUAUAAGUCAACGACGAAAACGUUCAUUAGAUGGAUCAGAUAAAGAUCUUAUCGAUGAACUUCAACUGGAUCCUUUAAUUGAUUGGGUUGAACAACAACGAGUUAAAAAACGUGUUAAACGGAACAUUAUGUAUUAUAAUUCUAUGAAAUCAUCCUUACCUUCAACAUUCAAUGAUCCGGAUUGGGACAAACAAUGGUAUAUGCAUGAUGAGAAUGAACAUGGUCGUGCUAUGAAUAUCUCAGGUGCAUGGCGUCUUGGUUUUACUGGUAAAGAUGUUGUUGUAACUAUUCUUGAUGAUGGUAUUGAAAAAGAUCAUCCUGAUUUAAUACAGAAUUAUGAACCGCGUGCUAGUUAUGAUAUCAAUGGAAAUGACAGCGAUCCACAACCGAGAAUGACAGCAACUAAUGAUAAUAAACAUGGAACAAGAUGUGCUGGUGAAGUUGCUGCUGCAGCAAAUAAUAAUAUUUGUAAUGUUGGAGUGGCAUUUAAUGCACGGAUUGGUGGUAUCCGUCUUCUAGAUGGAGAAGUUACUGAUUUAGUUGAAUCCAUGGCAUUAAGUUUUCGUCCAGAUUUUAUCGAUAUUUAUUCAGCUAGUUGGGGACCAGAUGAUGACGGAAAAACAGUGGAUGGACCAGCUACAUUAGCUCAGGCAGCAUUUGAAAAUGGCAUAAAAUAUGGUCGUCAAGGUCUUGGUUCAAUCUAUGUUUGGGCAUCAGGAAAUGGUGGUAAAGAUGAUGAUAAUUGUAAUUGUGAUGGUUAUACAAAUUCUAUAUAUACGGUGUCAAUUUCAAGUGCAACUGAAAAUGGAAAUAUACCUUGGUAUUCAGAAUCUUGUUCAUCAACAUUAGCAACAACAUAUAGUAGUGGUGCAUCUGAUGAAAAACAAGUUGUAUCAACUGAUCUUCGAAGUCAAUGUACAGAAAAUCAUACAGGAACAUCUGCUUCUGCUCCUAUGGCUGCUGGUAUAAUUGCAUUAGCACUUGAAGCUAAUCGUAAUUUAACAUGGCGUGAUGUUCAACAUUUAAUUGUUGAAACAGCUAAACCAAAAUAUUUAAAUGCAUUAGAUUGGAAAACGAAUGGAGUUGGUAAACGUGUUAGUCAUGCAUUUGGUUUUGGAAUGAUGGAUGCUGCGCAAAUUGUUUUAAAAGCACAAAAGUGGCGAACAGUUCCUCCUCAACAUAUUUGUCAACAGAAUGAUCCAAAUAUAAUUGCAAGAACAUUUAAAAAAUAUGAACGUGUUAUUAUACAAAUGUAUACAGAUGCUUGUAUGAAUACAGAAAAUGAAAUUAAUUUUCUUGAACAUGUGCAAUCAAAAGUAUCUGUUAAAGUAAAAUAUCGUGGAAAUUUACAAAUAUUUUUAACUUCACCAAUGGGUACAAAUUCAACAUUACUUGGUCGAAGAGUUGAAGAUGAUUCACCCGAUGGAUUUAAUAGUUGGCCUUUUAUGACUGUACAUAAUUGGGGAGAAUCACCACGUGGAAUCUGGACAUUAGAAAUAGUUGACGUCGAAAACAAUGUUAUUUUUCUUAAUUGGUCUUUGAUAUUUUAUGGUACUCAGAUAAAUCCUUCUCAUCAAUUAUCAACUACAGUUUCGUCUAAAAUCGUUGCUGCAAAUGUUCAUCUUCAUCCAUCCGAUGAAACAAAUAAUAAUAAUGCUCGUUCCCGUUCAACAAAUCUCCACAAUUCCUUUCAUACUCGUCAUCGAGAAAAAAAUCGUAAAAAUAAACAACAAAGUCAUUAUUAUAUAAAACAACAUUAUUAUCCUUAUAAUCCUGAUUCGUCUUCCCAUACAACAUCUAUUCUUAACGAUCAAUAUCAAAUAGAAAUGUCAAAAACAUCACGGAUAACUCCAUGUUUAACAUUUCUUAUAUUUAUCAGCAUAAUUUUCACUUCUAUUAUUUAA